GUCUGUUUGGAGACAUCUGAUAAUAGUCCUUGGUUCCAACUCAUGUCUCAUAUCUAAGCACCAGACUAUCAACAAAAGAUACAAAGUCUCAGUUUCCCCCCGCUGGGGCUUAGUUAUUAAAAAUCAAUAACCACCUUGAGUCAAUCAGGAAGAGAAAACAAUGGUUACUCACAACGACGACAACAACAACAAUUUGUACAUAGAGCAAGGCGGCCAUGCCGGAAAUGUUCAUGAUUUCGAUAAGAACCUCGAUGACGAUGGCCGUGCCAAACGAACCGGGACGAUGAUGACGGCAAGCGCGCACAUAAUAACGGCGGUGAUAGGGUCAGGGGUGUUGUCGCUGGCGUGGGCAAUAGCACAGCUAGGAUGGGCGAUUGGACCGACGGUACUGAUAUCAUUUUCAUUUAUUACAUACAUGACCUCGACGAUGCUCGCCGACGCCUACCGCUCACCGGACCCUGUUACCGGCAAGAGAAACUAUACUUACAUGGAAGUUGUCCGAGCAAAUUUAGGUGGCAGGAAAGUCCAACUAUGUGGCCUAGCUCAAUACGUGAAUUUGGUAGGCGUCUCAAUUGGAUAUACCAUUACUGCCUCAAUAAGCAUGGUAGCGGUGAAAAGGUCAAAUUGUUUCCACAAGUACGGGCACCAUGUGAAGUGUAGCACAUCAAACACUCCGUUUAUGAUAAUAUUCGGGUGUAUCCAAAUACUGCUGAGCCAAAUCCCCAACUUUCACGAGCUUUCUUGGCUUUCUAUGGUGGCAGCUAUUAUGUCUUUUGCCUACUCUUCUAUUGGCCUCGCUCUUUCCAUUGCCAAAGUUGCUGGUGGAGGAUUAGGGAGGACAUCAUUAACGGGAGUAACGGUAGGAGUGGACGUGACGGCCGCAGAUAAAGUGUGGAGGUGUUUUCAAGCUAUUGGAAAUAUUGCCUUUGCCUAUGCUUAUUCUAAUGUCCUCAUCGAAAUUCAGGACACACUGAAGUCAUCCCCUCCGGAAAACAAAAUAAUGAAGAAGGCAUCCUUGGUUGGAGUAUCCACCACCAGCCUUUUCUAUAUCCUUUGCGGUUGUUUUGGUUAUGCUGCAUUUGGUAACAAAGCCCCUGGGAAUUUCCUCACUGGAUUUGGAUUUUACGAGCCUUUCUGGCUCAUUGAUUUUGCUAAUGUGUGCAUUGCUGUUCAUCUAGUUGGUGCUUACCAGGUUUUCACCCAACCUGUCUUUAGCUUUGUUGAGACCUGGUCGAAGAAGCAUUGGCCGGAAAACAAAUUUAUAACUAGGGAUCACCCGAUUGAGAUCCCACUUGGCAAUGGAAUCUACUAUUUCAACUGGUUUAGGCUUGUUUGGAGAACGUCUUAUGUGAUAGUAACAGCAAUACUAGCUAUGUUAUUCCCAUUCUUCAACGAUUUCCUUGGGUUACUAGGAGCAUUAUCGUUUUGGCCACUGACCGUGUUCUUCCCUGUUGAGAUGCACAUCUCACAAGCCAAGGUUCCUAAGUACUCGACAAAGUGGGUAGCUCUUAAAACGCUUAGCCUUGUGUGCCUGAUAGUGUCGUUGAUAGCUGCAGCUGGUUCGUUACAGGGACUUAUUGGCUCUGUUAAGAAAUACAAGCCUUUCGAAGCACAAGAAUAAGAGUCUUUGCACUCUUAUGGUACAAUCUGUUGUGAAAACAAGGAGCAAAAAAUGUAAAACAAUAUUCCAAUCAUGGUUGAACUUAAAUCUUUCAUGUAGAUGAGAGCAUUUUAGGUUGUGCCCCGAAAGAAGGUGGCUUUGUAAUAGACAGGUUGUAAGCCUCCUGGCAUGCGUGCCUUUGUUGUGUAAUUAGUGGCGCAAUGCAGGUGAUUGGAAAGUGAAGAUGAACUGGUGUUUUAUGUCUAAAGUCUCUCAACUAUCGAAAAAAAUCCUUAAUCUCAGCUUA